GGUGGCUUGGCUGGCCCGGAGGCUGGGCGGCUGGCUGGCUGCCGGCCACGCACCCCCGGCCCUGCGGGACUGCGCUGCCCAGGGCUGCACGGCGGAGCCCGGGCCGCCCCGCUCGGCGCAGUGCGCGGGCGCUGUAGCCCGCACUCGCUGUCUGCCCCCGGGGGUCGCCCCCCGGCCGGCCACCGCAGCCAGGCCGCGCGGCCCUGCACCCUGCCCGCGCGCCCCGGCGCGGCCCCGCGGGGAGAUGAGCUUCUUCGGCUUCGGUCAGAGCGUGGAGGUGGAAAUCCUGCUCAACGAUGCGGAGAGUCGGAAGCGGGCCGAGCAUAAGACGGAGGACGGGAAGAAGGAGAAAUAUUUCCUCUUCUACGACGGGGAGACCGUCUCCGGCAAGGUGAGCCUUGCGCUCAAGAAUCCCAACAAGCGGCUGGAGCACCAGGGCAUCAAGAUCGAGUUCAUCGGGCAAAUCGAACUCUACUAUGACCGUGGGAACCACCAUGAGUUUGUGUCCCUGGUGAAGGACCUGGCUCGGCCUGGAGAGAUCACCCAGUCGCACGCCUUUGACUUUGAAUUCACGCACGUAGAGAAGCCGUAUGAGUCCUACACAGGCCAAAAUGUGAAGCUGCGCUAUUUCCUUCGAGCCACGAUCAGCCGCCGCCUCAACGAUGUUGUCAAAGAGAUGGACAUCGUAGUUCACACACUCAGCACGUACCCGGAACUGAACUCAUCGAUCAAGAUGGAGGUUGGCAUCGAGGACUGCCUACACAUUGAGUUCGAGUAUAAUAAAUCCAAAUACCACCUGAAGGAUGUCAUUGUAGGGAAGAUAUACUUUCUACUGGUGAGAAUCAAAAUCAAACAUAUGGAGAUAGACAUCAUCAAGCGGGAGACCACGGGCACUGGCCCCAACGUGUACCAUGAGAAUGACACGAUAGCCAAGUACGAGAUCAUGGACGGGGCACCAGUGCGAGGAGAGUCCAUCCCGAUCCGGCUUUUCCUAGCAGGGUACGAGCUCACGCCCACCAUGCGAGACAUCAACAAGAAGUUCUCUGUGCGCUAUUACCUCAACCUGGUGCUGAUAGAUGAGGAAGAACGACGCUACUUCAAGCAGCAGGAAGUGGUGUUGUGGCGGAAGGGUGACAUCGUUCGCAAGAGCAUGUCCCACCAGGCAGCCAUCGCCUCACAGCGCUUCGAGGGCACAACCUCCCUGGGUGAGGUGCGGACACCCAGCCAGCUGUCUGACAACAACAGCAGGCAGUAGGCCCCCAGGGCCAGAAGCUGCUGGGCUGCACCCCAGCACCCCCAUCUACUAAACACCAGCAGCUGGGGGGAGGGAGAGCACGGGGUGAGACUCAGCUGACUGCUACUGGCAACCUGAAAACAAAUCAUGUUUUUGACUU